AUGAACCGCCCAGGCGCGAUUUGCAACGCGGGAAAUACUUGCAAAAAUAGGAGCACACAUUGUAUCCACAUUGACAGUGUGAACACAAUUUUUGUAAAUUCAUGAAUUUUUGUGCCAUAUUUUUUAUAAGGAAUUGUGGCACGGUUUUCUACGUCUUUGGAAAUGAAUCCUAUUUUCACUCCUGAUUGAAUAGCUGAAUUUUGUGGGACACUUUCGGUCUUAUAGCUGCCGAACCCAACUUUUUGCUAAAGUUAGGUUACUUGAUAGCAAAGCUGGGUAAAUAUCUAUUUCUUUAGAUGGCAAGUGAUUCCUGAGCAUUGUGAUACAAUUUGAGAUUUGAUCAGCUUUUGACACAUUCGUCUUUCAUCUCAACGAUGGCCGAGAACAAGCAUCCUCAAGUUAUUUUUUGCAACGACUCUCCAAAGAGGGUCCUGGUGUCUGUGAUCAAAACCACCCCGAUCAAGCCCAGGAAGAACGAAUCUCUGAUAGCGACCAGCCCUGGAUUCAGCGACUUCAUGGUGUACCCGUGGAAGUGGGGAGAGAACGCCCAUAAUGUGAGCCUGAGCCCGGGCUCCGUAAACGGGGCUGCCUCCCCUACCGGGACCAACACUGCCAGCGAGGCGGACAUGGGUGCCUCCCCUGACCAGAUGAAGGACAGUAAAGAGGACGCUAUUCGGCGUGGCCGCCCGCGUGCUGACACUGUCCGUGAGUUGAUUAACGAGGGGGAGAGUUCCUCCAGCCGCAUCCGCUGUAACAUCUGCAACCGUGUGUUUCCUAGAGAGAAAUCCCUACAGGCCCACAAGAGAACACACACAGGGGAGAGGCCUUACCCUUGUGACUAUCCUGACUGUGGCAAGGCUUUUGUCCAGAGUGGCCAGCUAAAGACUCACCAGCGCCUUCACACCGGAGAGAAGCCCUUUGUCUGCUCUGAGAAAGCCUGCGGGAGUCGCUUUACCCACGCUAACCGGCACUGCCCAAAGCAUCCAUAUGCCCGUUUGAAGAGAGAAGACCCCAAGGAGGGACCAAACAAGGCCCAGUCUGUAGACAACAAGGCUGUGGCAGAGUGGCUGGCAAAGUACUGGCAGACCCGUGAGCAGCGUGCCCCUGUGCCCACCAAGGGGAAACCCCAGGGCAAGGGCGGGGUGGAGGACCAGGAGCAACAGGACCCCCGGGAGUUUCUCCAAUCAGAUGAGGAGGAAGAGGAGGAGCCAAUGGAGGAAGAGAAGUGCAACGGGGGUGGGGCUGCCAAACGGAGUCUCCAAGAGCAACGGGAGCGUCUCCAUGGUGCCCUGGCGCUCAUUGAGCUGGCUAACAACCUGUCUGCCUGAAACCCUACCCAUAUCCCAGUGUUGAAACCCUCCCCAGUCACUCCCCUUCUGCCUCCCUGCACAAUGUGUUCUGGGUAGAAGUUGUCUGUAGGGAAACAUCUAGGAUAAGCUUACCCUCCCCAAAUACUUAACCAUUAAUGGGGGGAAAUUCUAAGCGGAACUUAGAUCAGUAUCUGGGGUUCUUCUCCAUGUGCAGUGUGGGGCAGGCACAAGCUAAAAGCACCUUAUCCAGCUUCCAAUUGUAUCCUUAUUAGGCUGCUAAGAUUGUAGAUCACAGGUGGCUGGUGGCACCUUAGUUGGGGAGGACGGGUUCAUAAUAAUGGCUGGAAUGCAAUAAAUGGAACAUUCCAUUCUCUACAUUCCAGCCAUUAUUAUGAGCCUCCCCUCACCAGCCUCCUGUGUUGUAGAUGUCAAUAUAUGAAGAACGUUUCACUUUCCUCUGCCUUCUAAAGACUGGAGGAGAUGACCUUUUAAUGUUUAGUUUGUUUUGUUUGCACUUUGGUGGUAACGAGUUAUUUGUUAUGUCUUUUACUUUUGUCGAUAAAGUAUAUUGUGUGAGUAUGUUUAUAUAAUGGAAGUCUAUGUAGAUUUAGCUCAGAUGGAUGGAGUGAUACAGGGUGCGGUCAGUCAUAGGACAGUUUAGGUGUAUCUAAAUACUGGAAAGUGGAUUCCUCUCCUGAUUCUCUGAUCUGGACUGUGGCACGAUAGGUGAAAAUGCAAUGUGGUGGAAGCCUAUCAGGGGAUUUCGCUUCCACCUGUCUAGUUCUUUCAGAUCAGUGCAGGUGAAGGAGAGUAGAUGAGGGGAGGAAGUCACUGUAGAGACUAUUGAGAUGCAACCCAUUGCAAGCCUAAUCUACAGUAGUGGCUAGCCACAAGCUUUCACAAAAAUUCAAGCUCCAACCCCUUCACCUAUUAAAUGUAUCACACCCAGAACUGUAGCUAUAACCCUGGAGGGACAACUCUUGUCCUGGAGAGCCGCAGAGUGAGCAGCCGCAGCUCCAUAUCAGCCCUUAACAAACCUGAUCUAGAUGAUCAUCUUAUCACGGAGAUUUAGACCACAGUUAGUUGGGUCAGGUGUGUUAGAGCUGGGCUGGAACAAAAGCCUGCCCAUGCUAUGGCUGUGCAGGCCUGGCGUUGGCCUUCUCCACUCUAACCAAAUGACAUGGCCAGACAUACGGAAGAGGAGUAUUUAAAGUCAUUAGUGUCGCCACCUUUUAUAUUAAAAGAUGCUGGCUGAUUGUAGAUACGGACUUGUAGCCCCAUUGGUGGUGUAUGUACAAGUCUUCUCUAUAAUCAACAUUUCAUAGGUAUUUAUUUCAUCAUGUUUUUUUGUCCUUUUUGUUAACUAUCUGCUAUCACAAGCUGUCUCCGAGUACUGACAUAUAGUUCCAUUGAAGAAUAUAUUGAUCAUCGCCUCCCUAAAAUGAUUUAGUAUCUAUCGACGUCAACUUCUAGCCGUUAGA